AUGGCACCCUCCUUUCUCAGGUUGGGCGCCGCUGCUGCCCUGGCUUAUGCCGGACAGGCGGCUGCGGGCCAAGCUUACACGCUCAGCGAGGCCUACACUCCUUCCAACUUCUUCAGCGAGUUUACCUUCUUCAACGACAACGAUCCCAACUACGGCUUCGUCAAGUACCAGUCCAAGGAGGAUGCCCUCAGCCUGGGCAUUGCGAAGACCCUGGACGACAGAGUCCGCUUCGGCGUGCUCGCGGAAGAUACGACGAGCGACGGACGGCCUAGUGUGCGUCUCGAGAGCAAGAAGUCGUACAAUAAGGGUCUCUUCAUCGCCGACUUCGCCCACUUCCCUGCUACAGCCUGCGGUGCCUGGCCCGCUUACUGGAUGGUCGGUCCCAAGUGGCCCAAGAACGGCGAGAUUGAUAUGUACGAGGGCUGGAACAUGAACACCCGGAACAUGAUCGUCGCCCACACCGACAGCCCGGACAACACCGGCGUGUGCACGGCCAACCCUCUUGACUUCAGUGCCGAGCUCAACUCCAAGGCCACUGACUGUUGGUAUGCCGCUCCGUCGCAGUCCAGCAACGCCGGCUGCCAGGCCAGCGAGAACAACGGUCUCUGGGCCAACCCCAACGGUGGUGUGUAUGCUACCGAGUGGACCGAGGACUCCAUCAAGAUUUGGAGCUGGGACCACGACAGCGUGCCCUUCGAUAUUCUUGACGGCACUCCCGAUCCGUCCAGCUGGGGCACCCCCAGCUUCGCUCUCGGCAGCACCUGCGACGUUGCCAGCAACUUCAAGGACAUGCGUCUGAUCCUCAACAUCAACCUGUGCGGUGACGCCGCCGGCAACGACUACCUCUGGGGUCUGGACUGCAAGAAGGCCACCAAGACGGACACCUGCAAGGAGUAUGUCGCCAACAACCCCGAGGCCUUUGCCAACACCUACUUCGAGGUCCGCAGCAUCAAGGUCUACCAGCUGGAGGAUGUCGCCGAGCCUACGAAGACGGCUGCGUCCUCGACCGCCGUCUCGACCUCCACUAGCACCUCUAGCUCGGCUACCCCCAGCACCACUGAGUCCAGCACUACCGAGUCCAGCUCGGCCGCUUCCAGCACCGCCACCGAGGACGCUACCACCACCUCCUGCACCGACUCGGCUGAGCCCACGGAGACCGAGAAUGAGACUACUGCUUCCGCCAGCGAGAGCGUGAGCGCUACCGCGACGGCUACUCCCACUGCUGACGAGCAGGAGCCGACCCCCACUGACGGAGUCGGUGGCGGUGACGAGGGCGAUGACGAGGAGGGCGACGAGGACGAGUGCGACGACGAGGACAUCGUCUCUACCGAGACCGUCCAGCCGACCGUGAUCGAGACAGAGACCGUCCAGCCUACUGUCACCGAGACUGCUACCUUGACUGGCACUGAUGACGUCCCGGCCGGCACUGAUAUCCCCACUGACGGUAUCCCGACUGGCACUGAUGGUGUCCCGACCGCCACCAUCACGACCACUGACGACGUCCCGGCCACGACUGACGCUCCCGGCUUCAUCACCUCGACCAUCUACUCCACCACCACCAUCACCUACACUUCGUGCGCCCCGGCCGUGACUAACUGCCCGGCGCGUACCGAGACCUCGCUCAUCCCCAUCGGCACCACCACUGUCCCGAUCCCAACCCUCCUCCCUACUGAUGCUACCAUCGACCUCCCUGAUGGCUUUACCACCUCGACUGUCUCCAAGACUGUUACCUUCACCAUCACUUCAUGCCCGCCGGCUGUCGUCACUAACUGCCCAGCUAAGGUGACGAGCACUGUCGAUGUGGUUGUUACCGUCUGCCCAGUCACUGAUGUCCUCCCGACCCCCACCGGCGGUAUUGACGUUCCUUCUGAGGGAGACGACGUCCCGGUCCCGACUGGCGGUGCCGACGUCCCCCUCCCGACCGGCGGUAUUGACGUUCCUUCUGAGGGAGACGACAUCCCGGUCCCGACUGGCGGUGUCGACGUCCCCCUCCCGACUGGUGGUAUUGACAUCCUUGUCCCUGAGAACCCGGAGAUUCCUGGCGAGGAGGAAGAGGAGGAGGAGGUCGAGGUCCCCGACGUUGAGACCCCGAUUGCGACCCCCGCCCCGAGCGUCAACAUUCCUGUGCCCAGCCCCGCUGUGCCAACCACCCUGACAACCGCCGUCACCCCGGCUGUGCCCGGCUCCAACGUGACUGUUCCGACAGGUACAGGAGUCAAUGUCCCGCCUGUCGUGACCAGCCCGGGUGUGCCGGUUACUACACUACCUGUUACUGCGGGCGCGGGUAAGUGCAUCCUCAUUCGCCCUCGUUCCUCCUCUCGGCCGUACUCCUCCCACCGCCCCCCAGAAUCUCGCCAAUCGCACGCCCACUACGACCUAACUCACGCCGCCCGCCUCGCCGCCGCAAAGCCCCUCCUUACUUGGGACAAACUCAACUCCACCCCCACCUACACCAUCAUCGCCCUCUCCAUCCUCGCCGCCCUUAUCUUCUACUUCACCAACCUCGAGACCGUGCCCGUCUCCGGCAGGACAAGAUUUAAUGUAUACGGGCCAGAGAGCGUCCGCAAGGCGGGGGAGAUGGAGUAUCGACGGAUUAUGUAUGAGCUGCAAGCGAAGGGGGUGAGGAUACUGCCGGAGUGGGAUCCCAGGGUUGCUUGGGUGAGGAGGGUUAUGAGUAGACUCAUUCCGUUCAGUGGCGGGGAGGUUGCCAAAGAUGAGUGGGAAGUUUAUGUGGUGGAUGAUCCGCGCACGGCAAAUGCGUUUGUUUUGCCAGGGGGUAAGGUUUUCGUGUUCACCGGAAUUUUGGGGAUUGCGCGCACCGACAGCGGGCUAGCCACCGUGCUGGGCCACGAAAUAGCGCACAAUGUGGCGGACCAUGUCGCGGAGAGGUUGAGCCAGGAUAUUGGGGCGAGCAUUGCGUUAUGGAGUCUGGUUAUAUUGGGGGGCGUGUUUGGACUGGGGCCGUUGAUACUGCACUGGUUGGGCGGGAGGUUGAUGGAUGUCGCGUUUGGGUGGCCGAUGAGUCGGCUGCAGGAGACAGAGGCGGAUUAUAUUGGGUUGAUGAUGAUGGCGGAGGCGUGCUUUGAUCCGAGGGAGGCGGUGAGCUUUUGGGCGAGGAUGGAGAGGGCUACAGGAGGUGGGGAGGAGCUGGAAUGGAUGAGUACGCAUCCGACGAAUAUCAGCAGGAUAAAGAAGAUUCAGGAGUGGCUGCCUGAGGCCAUGAAGAAAAGGGAGGAGAGUGAUUGUCGUACGACGAUUUCGUUCGCGGACUUGUUUAGGCAUGCUUUAAGGACAGGGCAGAUUAUUAUUAUCUAG